AUGGACAUUGCAGAAUCAGAAGCAGGAUCAAUUAUUGAGACUGAAGAUGAUAAUAGUGAGUUUGAAUUGGACCAAACUGUACUUGAUGAUGAUCAAAUAACUAAAUUAUUAAAUGAACAUGAUGAUACUGUUGAUAAAGAUUAUGAACAAUCAGAAUUUAUAAUUAAUAAUUUUGAAUCGCAAAGCUUCAGUGAUAACUCCAUAUUUUCUGGAAUCCGUUGUGUAGCUCACACCUUGCAAUUAGCAGUCAUAGAUUGCUUAAAAGAUGAUGACAUCACUAAACUGUUAAAUAAAGUUAGAUUUUUGGUAAAACGACUGAGAAACCAAACUUAUACUUAUUUAAUUAAAAAAGAAAAAUUAAAAUUACCAAUUCUCGACUGUUUAACUCGUUGGCAUUCUACAUUGGACAUGUUAGAAAGAAUAUUAUAUUUAAAAGAAUUUAUAAAAAACAUGUCAGCAAAUGACCAUAAGCUUAAAAAAGUCAACCUUAAUCAUUCGGACUGGGAAAAAGUUGAAACAUUAUCAAAAACACUAUUGCCUUCAAAAAUAUGUACAAAGAAACUACAAUAUGAACAACUUACAUUGACAGACUUCUAUGGUGCUUGGAUAACAUGUAAGCUUCAAACAGAUGCAUUAAAUACAUCAAUAUCUAAAAAAUUGCUUCAACACAUAGUGGACAGGGAAAAGCAUAUAAUGGACAAUAAAGUAUUAUUAGGAGCAAUUUUUUUAGACCCUCGAUAUAAGAUAACUUUAAAUGAAGACAAAUGUAAUACCGCAAUAGAACAUUUAAUCAAAGUUUGGGUUCAUUUGAAAGGUGUUGAAUUAAAAAAUAAUAUACAAGAAACAACUCCAAACAUUGAAGACGGACAAGAAAGUUCUAACUCGUCUACAGAUUCUACUGAUGAACUAGAAAAAUUCCUUCAAAAUAAAGAUAACAAAAAUGAUUCAGUAUCCUUUGAUUUUAACAUACCAAACUCACAAACAUCUACAAUAGCAACAAGAAUUGAAACACUUCUCAAAUCAUAUCACAUAGAUCAAAACAGAUUAAAUUACAAGGUUAAUAUCCUACAAUUUUGGAAAACUAUGGAAGCUUCAAAUCCAGAACUAUCCCAACUAGCUAAAGUUGUUUUUAGUGUUCCAGCUACGCAAGUAAGCGUUGAACGUCUUUUUUCUGGAUUGAAAUUUCUAUUAUCGCCAUACCGCAGUAAUAUUUCCAGCAAGAACUUGGAGAAUCAGUUAUUAAUUCGUACCAACAGAUUAUUUAAUAAUAAAAAUUAA